CCCCCGCAGCGGUUCCGCUUCUGCGGGGACUUGGACUGCCCCGACUGGGUGCUGGCCGAGAUCAGCACCCUGGCCAAAAUAUCCUCGGUGAAGCUGAAGCUGAUCUGCGCCCAGGUGCUGCGGGACCUGCUGGGGGAGGCCAUCGAGUAUGACAAGAUCCUGAAGCUGACCUCAGAUGCAAAGUUAGAGUCAGGGGAUGUGAAGGCGACCAUUGCUGUCCUCGGCUUCAUCCUCUCCAGUGCAGCCAAGCACAAUGUAGACAGUGAGUCUCUGUCAAGCGAGCUGCAGCAGCUGGGAUUGCCCAAAGAGCAUGCCAGCGGGUUGUGCCGUUCCUAUGAGGAGAAGCAGAGCCCCCUCCAGGACAGGCUCCGGGCCUGCAGCCUGCGAUUGAGCCAGCUGGGCUCGGUGCGCUGGCGGGUGGAUUACACCCUCAGCUCCAGCGAGCUGCAGGAGGUCAAUGAGCCCGUGGUGCACCUCACCUUCAACGUGUGGGACAGAGAGAGCGAGAAGAUGACGGCUGUCCCUGUGACGCUCUCGGCCAACAAGUUCUGGGUGCUGCUGGCAGAGCUGAAGCAGGCCCAGGCCCUGAUGAACACCCUUCUCUGAGGAGCCCGCAAAGGAGCCCGGCCACGGCGGGAGGCUGCGACACUGAGUUGGGGGUCCAGAUUGGUGCUCCUGGCUGGGGAGGAGGACGUUUCCCUUCCCUCCAGGUUUCCGGGGGUCCUCGGGGCAGCUCCAAUAAAGUCUGGGUGGCAAAGCUGA